AUGCUGAUGGCAUGUAUCUCCCCCCUGGCACUCCACCCCCCCCCCCCCCCCCCCCCCCCUCCCAAGAAUCUAGCCUCUGACAACUGGACACCCUUUCACAAUCGUGCAGAAUUUGAAACGGCAGAGUUCUUGUACAUGCAAAAUCAGAUGCCGGCAGGUCAGAUUAAUCGGCUACUGGACUUAUGGGCAUCUACCCUCACAAAGCACAAUGACAAGCCACCGUUUGCAGAUCACCAUGAUCUCUAUGAAGUCAUUGAUAGUUCACCCUUCGGAGAUGUGAAAUGGCAAUGUUUCACGGUGGCCUAUGAUGGCGAGAGACAUGACAACCCCAAGCCCUGGAUGGAUGAUAAGUAUGAUGUGUGGUUUUGUGACCCACAUGAAGUGGCAUGCAAUAUGCUUGCCAAUCCGACAUAUGCUAACGAAUUUGACUACCGCCCAUAUCAAGAAUACUCAUCGGAGAACGAUCAGCAGCAGUGGAAAGAUUUUAUGUCAGGCAACUGGGCAUGGGACCAGGCAGAUGAAAUUGCUAAAGACCUGAGCACACUCAGCUCAACAUUUGUCCCUAUCAUCCUUGGUAGUGACAAGACCACUGUUUCGGUCGGCACAGGGAACAAUGGGUAUUACCCGCUUUAUGCAUCAAUCACCCAUUGUAAUGGACUGGUGAUCAUCGGGUUCCUUGCUAUGUCAUCAACUACCAAGGAACAUGCUGAAGAGCUGGCCUUCCGAAAUUUUCGACGACAAUUGUUCCACUCGUCGCAAUCGAAGAUCCUCAAUCUGCUCAAACCAGCUAUGACAACCCCCAAAGUCACCCAUUUCGGAGACAGACACUACCAGUGGGUUAUCUAUGGACUAGGGCCAUACAUUGUGGACUACGAGGAGCAAGUCCUGUUAACGUGUAUCAUUCAUGGUCGGUGUCCUAAAUGUAUGGCACCUCAUGCCAAUCUUGAUCAAGAUGUGUUGUGUCACUGUCGUGACUACGUAGAUGCACUUAUCAAAGAAGGUCCCUUUAGUGGUAUGUUCAAUGCCACGGGAAUAGUCCCAGAACUCGUAGUAUCCGACAUAUAUCAGAUGAUCUCACCCAACAUCCUCCACCAGCUCGUAAAAGGGGCCUUCAAGGACCACCUCGUGGAAUGGGUUGAAAAAUACCUAAGACACAUUCAUCCAAAACGACACGCCGAGCGAAUUAUGGAUGAUAUUGAUUGCAGGAUUGCUGCUGUGGCCUCAUUUUCAGGCUUGCGACAAUUCCCUCAGGGGCAGGGUUUCAAGCAAUGGAUGGGAGACGAUUCUAAGGCCCUGAUGAAGGUCUAUUUGCCCGCCAUUGAGGGUCAUUUACCUACAGACAUUGUGUGUGCCUUCCACGCACUUCUAGAAUUUUGCUACCUGGUUCGCCAUAAUAUCAUCACAGAUGAUGCCUUAGUCAAGAUCGAAGAUGCACUCUCACGCUUUCACCAUUACCACGAACUCUUCAAGAUGUCGGGUGCUAUUCCUACCUUCUCCUUACCUUGUCAGCAUUCGCUCAAGCAUUAUAUCCAAAAUAUACGGCUGUUUGCUGCACCCAAUGGCCUUUGCUCGUCGAUCACCGAGAACAAGCCGGCACCCCCACCUGCACUGGCACCUGGGCCCGCACCUGCACCUGCAGAUGUAGCACCUCUGCAGAUCAGCAUCGAUGGGGACCUGGAAAUUGAUGAUGGACCAACCGUUCUACAAGCUGUCAUACAGCUGGCAAAAAUGCCCCAGGGCAAAAAGCGCGCUCAAACUGUGCCUGCACUUGCUGAAGAACUUGGCAUUCCUCGCCUCCAUAACCUCCUUGGACACUUCUUAUUCGAACAAUUGCAUUCCGAUGAUCCCCACGACCCAUCUGAUAUACCCGUCACAGAAUACCCUCUCUAUCUUGGCAAAAUCUCGGUCUUCAAUUCAGCAUCAUCACGAUUCUAUGCGCCAAGUGAUUUGAGCGGUAUUGGUGGCAUGCGCGUUGAACAUAUCCACUCUUGUCCCUCCUGGCAGAACGAGCACUUGCACCACAACUGUGUCUUUGUAAACACUGACUCUAGUUUACCUGGGAUGCAAGGCCUUGAGGUCGCUCGAGUUUGUGCCUUUUUCUCAUUCAGGUUCUGGGGUGAAAUAUAUCCCUGUGCUGUGAUAUGCUGGUUCGAUAAAGUUGGCAACGCUGUGGAUGAAGAUAUGGGAAUGUGGAUUGUUCGUCCCAGAGGUAGUGACAAGCAUGCCAUCAUUCACGUUGAUGCUAUCUAUCGUGCUGCACAUCUCAUUCCCGUGUAUGGCACAGAGUUUUUGCCUCGGGGAUUUAAAUAUUAUGACUCGUAUGAUGCAUUUCGAGCUUACUGUGUGAACAAAUAUGCUGACCACCAUGCAUUCGAGAUUGCAUUUUGA